AUGAAUCCUUCGCAGAAUAUUUGGUCUGAGCGAAUUAAGAGUGGCGGAAGAGACCAAAUACAGAACUGUAAGAACUUUUCCAGGAGCGUAGUGAGGUUAGAUUUAUUAAGAUUGGUUGAAUUCGCUGGAGAAGACUUUGUGGCUGGGAUGAAUAUUAGCCAAAUUCAAAAGAAGCUCCUCAUUCGAAAGAAGACCAAUUGGAAGACCCGAACUGCAUUAGGUGCGAUCUGCUAUGGAAGUGCAAGAGAAAUACCAUGCAAAGAUACACAGACCGAACGACCAUCGACUACAAAUAAUACCUCACCUAAAAUCAAACCAACCGUACGUCCAAAACCGAGAACAACGCGGUUGACGACAAAACGAAUACCAAAAACUAGAAGACCAACAACAACACCACCAUGCGCUCAAACUACGUCACCAACACCUGCGUUAACAUCCACCGUGACAGGCUCAACUUUGCACACAACACCAAGCUUCCCACUUACAGGAUCGACGCCCGAUUUUGGAUCAACAGGUCCUUCCAGUGCAUCACCCACCUACGGAACACCUACUCAAACUUCUUCAACUGCUUCCGAAUCGACAACUCCAUCUGGUGGUACAGGUCCUUCCAGUGGAUCACCCACCUCCGGAACACCUACUCAAACUUCGUCAACCGCUUCCGGAUCGACCACUCCGUCUGGUGGUACAGGUCCUUCCAGUGGAUCACCCACCUCCGGAUCACCUACUCAAACUUCGUCAACUACUUCCGGAUCGACCACUCCAUCUGGUGGUACAGGUCCUACUACUAGAACAUCAACUGACCAAUCAACAACUGAUACUGGCGCGACUUCUACUGGACCGACCACCCCAUCUAGUGGUACAGGUUCCACUACUAGAACAUCAACUGACCAAUCAACAACUGAUACUGGCGAAACUUCUACUGGACCGACCACCCCAUCUGGUGGUACAGUGCAUCACCGACCUCCGGAACACCAACUCAAACUUCGUCAACAGCUUCCGGAUCGACCACUCCAUCUGGUGGUACAGGUCCUUCCAGUGGAUCACCCACCUACGGAACACCUACUCAAACUUCUUCAACUGCUUCCGAAUCGACAACUCCAUCUGGUGGUACAGGUUCUUCCAGUGGAUCACCCACCUCCGGAACACCUACUCAAACUUCGUCAACUGGUUCAGAAUCGACAACUCCAUCUGGUGGUACAGGUACUGCUUUUAUUGAACAAUAUCUCUUGUCCUUCCAGUGGAUCACCCACCUACGGAACACCUACUCAAACUUCUUCAACUGCUUCCGAAUCGACAACUCCAUCUGGCGGUACAGGUCCUUCCAGUGGAUCACCCACCUCCGGAACACCUACUCAAACUUCGUCAACUGGUUCAGAAUCGACAACUCCAUCUGGUGGUACAGGUCCUUCCAGUGCAUCACCGACCUCUGGAACACCUACUCAAACUUCGUCAACUGGUUCCGAAUCGACAACUCCAUCUGGUGGUACAGGUCCUUCCAGUGGAUCACCCACCUACGGAACACCUACUCAAACUUCUUCAACUGCUUCCGAAUCGACAACUCCAUCUGGUGGUACAGGUUCUUCCAGUGGAUCACCCACCUCCGGAACACCUACUCAAACUUCGUCAACUGGUUCAGAAUCGACAACUCCAUCUGGUGGUACAGGUCCUUCCAGUGGAUCACCCACCUACGGAACACCUACUCAAACUUCUUCAACUGCUUCCGAAUCGACAACUCCAUCUGGUGGUACAGGUCUUUCCAGUGGAUCACCCACCUCCGGAACACCUACUCAAACUUCGUCAACUGGUUCAGAAUCGACAACUCCAUCUGGUGGUACAGGUCCUUCCAGUGCAUCACCAACCUCUGGAACACCUACUCAAACUUCGUCAACUGGUUCCGAAUCGACAACUCCAUCUGGUGGUACAGGUCCUUCCAGUGGAUCACCCACCUACGGAACACCUACUCAAACUUCUUCAACUGCUUCCGAAUCGACAACUCCAUCUGGUGGUACAGGUCCUUCCAGUGGAUCACCCACCUCCGGAACACCUACUCAAAUUUCGUCAACUGGUUCAGAAUCGACAACUCCAUCUGGUGGUACAGGUCCUUCCAGUGCAUCACCCACCUCCGGAACACCUACUCAAACUUCUUCAACUGCUUCCGAAUCGACAAAUCCAUCUGGUGGUACAGGUCCUUCCAGUGCAUCACCCACCUCCGGAACACCUACUCAAACUUCUUCAACUGCUUCCGGGUCGACCACUCCAUCUGGUGGUACAGGUCCUUCCAGUGGAUCACCAACCUACGGAACACCUUCUCAAACUUCUUCAACUGCUUCCGAAUCGACAACUCCAUCUGGUGGUACAGGUCCUUCCAGUGGAUCACCCACCUCCGGAACACCUACUCAAACUUCUUCAACUGCUUCCGGAUCGACCACUCCAUCUGGUGGUACAGGUCCUUCCAGUGGAUCACCAACCUACGGAACACCUUCUCAAACUUCUUCAACUGCUUCCGAAUCGACAACUCCAUCUGGUGGUACAGGUCCUUCCAGUGGAUCACCAACCUCCGGAACACCUACUCAAACUUCGUCAACUGCUUCCGAAUCGACAACUCCAUCUGGUGGUACAGGUCCUUCCAGUGGUUCACCAACCUCCGGAACACCUACUCAAACUUCGUCAACUGCUUCCGGAUCGACCACUCCAUCUGGUGGUACAGGUCCUUCCAGUGGAUCACCAACCUCCGGAACACCUACUCAAACUUCUUCAACUGGUUCCGAAUCGACAACUCCAUCUGGUGGUACAGGUCCUUCCAGUGGAUCACCCACUUACGGAACACCUACUCAAACUUCGUCAACUGGUUCCGGCUCGACCACUCCAUCUGGUGGUACAGGUCCUUCCAGUGGAUCACCAACCUCCGGAACACCUACUCAAACUUCUUCAACUGCUUCCGGAUCGACCACUCCAUCUGGUGGUACAGGUCCUUCCAGUGGAUCACCAACCUCCGGAACACCUACUCAAACUUCGUCAACUGCUUCCGGAUCGACCACUCCAUCUGGUGGUACAGGUCCUUCCAGUGGAUCACCAACCUACGGAACACCUACUCAAACUUCUUCAACUGCUUCUGAAUCGACAACUCCAUCUGGUGGUACAGGUCCUUCCAGUGCAUCACCGACCUCUGGAACACCUACUCAAACUUCGACAACAGCUUCCGGAUCGACCACUCCAUCUGGUGGUACAGGUCCUUCCAGUGGAUCAACAACCUCCGGAACACCUACUCAAACUUCUUCAACUGGUUCCGAAUCGACAACUCCAUCUGGUGGUACAGGUCUUUCCAGUGGUUCACCAACCUCCGGAACACCUACUCAAACUUCGUCAACUGCUUCCGGAUCGACCACUCCAUCUGGUGGUACAGGUCCUUCCAGUGGAUCACCAACCUCCGGAACACCUACUCAAACUUCGUCAACUGCUUCCGGAUCGACCACUUCAUCUGGUGGUACAGGUCCUUCCAGUGGAUCACCAACCUCCGGAACACCUACUCAAACUUCUUCAACUGGUUCCGAAUCGACAACUCCAUCUGGUGGUACAGGUCCUUCCAGUGGAUCACCAACCUCCGGAACACCUACUCAACCUUCUUCAACUGGUUCCGAAUCGACAACUCCAUCUGGUGGUACAGGUCCUUCCAGUGGAUCACCCACUUACGGAACACCUACUCAAACUUCGUCAACUGCUUCCGAAUCGACAACUCCAUCUGGUGGUACAGGUCCUUCCAGUGGAUCACCAACCUACGGAACACCUACUCAAACUUCGUCAACCGCUUCCGAAUCGACAACUCCUUCUGGUGGUACAGGUCCUUCCAGUGGAUCACCCACCUACGGAACACCUACUCAAACUUCGUCGACUGCUUCCGGAUCGACCACUCCAUCUGGUGGUACAGGUCCUUCCAGUGGAUCACCAACCUACGGAACACCUACUCAAACUUCGUCAACUGCUUCCGAAUCGACAACUCCAUGUGGUGGUACAGGUCCUUCCAGUGGAUCACCAACCUACGGAACACCUACUCAAACUUCGUCAACCGCUUCCGAAUCGACAACUCCUUCUGGUGGUACAGGUCCUUCCAGUGGAUCACCCACCUCCGGAACACCUACUCAAACUUCGUCAACUGCUUCCGGAUCGACCACUCCAUCUGGUGGUACAGGUCCUUCCAGUGGAUCACCAACCUACGGAACACCUACUCAAACUUCGUCAACUGCUUCCGAAUCGACAACUCCAUCUGGUGGUACAGGUCCUUCCAGUGGUUCACCAACCUCCGGAACACCUACUCAAACUUCAUCAACUGCUUCCGGAUCGACCACUCCAUCUGGUGGUACAGGUCCUUCCAGUGGAUCACCAACCUCCGGAACACCUACUCAAACUUCAUCAACUGCUUCCGGAUCGACCACUCCAUCUGGUGGUACAGGUCCUUCCAGUGGAUCACCAACCUAUGGAACACCUACUCAAACUUCGUCAACUGCUUCCGAAUCGACAACUCCAUCUGGUGGUACAGGUCCUUCCAGUGGAUCUCCCACCUACGGAACACCCACUCAAACUUCUUCAACUGCUUCCGGAUCGACCACUCCAUCUGGUGGUACAGGUCCUUCCAGUGGAUCACCCACCUACGGAACACCUACUCAAACUUCGUCAACUGCUUCCGAAUCGACAACUCCAUCUGGUGGUACAGGUCCUUCCAGUGGAUCACCCACCUACGGAACACCUACUCAAACUUCUUCAACUGCUUCCGGAUCGACCACUCAAUCUGGUGGUACAGGUCCUUCCAGUGGAUCACCAACCUCCGGAACACCUACUCAAACUUCGUCAACUGCUUCCGGAUCGACCACCCCAUCUGGUGGUCCUUCUAGUGGAUCACCCACCUCCGGAACACCUACUCAAACUUCUUCAACUGCUGCCGGAUCGACCACUCCAUCUGGUGGUACAGGUCCUUCCAGUGCAUCACCCACCUCCGGAACACCUACUCAAACAUCGUCAACUGCUUCUGAAUCGACCACUCCAUCUGGUGGUACAGGUCCCACAACUAGAACAUCCUCUGUCCAAUCAACAACUGAUAGUGGCAUAACUUCUACUGAACCGACCACAGUAUCGGGUGGAACAGGUCCUUCCAGUGGAUCAACCACCUCCGGAACACCUACUCAAACUUCGUCAACAGCUAGUGGAUCGACCACUCCAUCUGGUGGUACAGGUCCAACAACUAGAACAUCCACUGACCAGUCAACAACUGAUACUGGCGCGACUUCUACUGGACCGACCACUCCAUCUGGUGGUACAGGUCCUUCCAGUGGAUCACCCACCUACGGAACACCUACUCAAACAUCGUCAACUGCUUCCGAAUCGACCACUCCAUCUGGUGGUACAGGUCCUUCUAGUGGAUCACCAACCUCCGGAACACCUACUCAAACUUCUUCAACUGCUUCCGAAUCGACCACUCCAUCUGGUGGUACAGGUCCUUCCAGUGCAUCCCCAACCUCCGGAACACCUACUCAAACUUCUUCAACUGCUUCCGAAUCGACAACUCCAUCUGGUGGUACAGGUCCUUCCAGUGGAUCACCCACCUACGGAACACCUACUCAAACUUCGUCGACUGCUUCCGGAUCGACCACUCCAUCUGGUGGUACAGGUCCUUCCAGUGGAUCACCAACCUCCGGAACACCUACUCAAACUUCGUCGACUGCUUCCGAAUCGACAACUCCAUCUGGUGGUACAGGUCCUUCCAGUGGAUCACCAACCUCCGGAACACCUACUCAAACUUCGUCGACUGCUUCCGGAUCGACCACUCCAUCUGGUGGUACAGGUCCUUCCAGUGGAUCACCAACCUCCGGAACACCUACUCAAACUUCGUCGACUGCUUCCGAAUCGACAACUCCAUCUGGUGGUACAGGUCCUUCCAGUGGAUCACCAACCUCCGGAACACCUACUCAAACUUCGUCAACUGCUUCCGAAUCGACAACUCCAUCUGGUGGUACAGGUCCUUCCAGUGCAUCCCCAACCUCCGGAACACCUACUCAAACUUCUUCAACUGCUUCCGAAUCGACAACUCCAUCUGGUGGUACAGGUCCUUCCAGUGGAUCACCCACCUACGGAACACCUACUCAAACUUCGUCGACUGCUUCCGGAUCGACCACUCCAUCUGGUGGUACAGGUCCUUCCAGUGGAUCACCAACCUCCGGAACACCUACUCAAACUUCGUCAACUGCUUCCGAAUCGACAACUCCAUCUGGUGGUACAGGUCCUUCCAGUGGAUCACCAACCUCCGGAACACCUACUCAAACUUCGUCAACUGCUUCCGAAUCGACAACUCCAUCUGGUGGUACAGGUCCUUCCAGUGGAUCACCCACCUACGGAACACCUACUCAAACGGCGUCGACUGCUUCCGGAUCGACCACUCCAUCUGGUGGUACAGGUCCUUCCAGUGGAUCACCAACCUCCGGAACACCUACUCAAACUUCGUCAACUGCUUCCGGAUCGACAACUCCAUCUGGUGGUACAGGUCCUUCCAGUGGAUCACCCACCUCCGGAACACCUACUCAAACUUCGUCGACUGCUUCCGGAUCGACCACUCCAUCUGGUGGUACAGGUCCUUCUAGUGGAUCACCCACCUACGGAACACCUACUCAAACUUCGUCGACUGCUUCCGGAUCGACCACUCCAUCUGGUGGUACAGGUCCUUCCAGUGGAUCACCCACCUCCGGAACACCUACUCAAACUUCUUCAACUGCUUCCGGAUCGACCACUCCAUCUGGUGGUACAGGUCCUUCCAGUGGAUCACCCACCUCCGGAACACCUACUCAAACUUCGUCGACUGCUUCCGGAUCGACCACUCCAUCUGGUGGUACAGGUCCUUCCAGUGGAUCACCAACCUCCGGAACACCUACUCAAACUUCGUCAACUGCUUCCGGAUCGACAACUCCAUCUGGUGGUACAGGUCCUUCCAGUGGAUCACCCACCUACGGAACACCUACUCAAACUUCUUCAACUGCUUCCGGAUCGACCACUCCAUCUGGUGGUACAGGUCCUUCCAGUGGAUCACCAACCUCCGGAACACCUACUCAAACUUCGUCAACUGCUUCCGGAUCGACCACUCCAUCUGGUGGUACAGGUCCUUCCAGUGGAUCACCAACCUCCGGAACACCUACUCAAACUUCGUCAACUGCUUCCGGAUCGACCACUCCAUCUGGUGGUACAGGUCCUUCCAGUGGAUCACCCACCUCCGGAACACCUACUCAAACUUCGUCAACUGCUUCCGGAUCGACCACUCCAUCUGGUGGUACAGGUAUUGCUUUUAUUGAACAAUAUCUCUUGUUAGUUGAUAGGGUCCUUCCAGUGGAUCACCCACCUCCGGAACACCUACUCAAACUUCGUCGACUGCUUCCGGAUCGACCACUCCAUCUGGUGGUACAGGUCCUUCCAGUGGAUCACCAACCUCCGGAACACCUACUCAAACUUCGUCAACUGCUUCCGGAUCGACAACUCCAUCUGGUGGUACAGGUCCUUCCAGUGGAUCACCCACCUACGGAACACCUACUCAAACUUCUUCAACUGCUUCCGGAUCGACCACUCCAUCUGGUGGUACAGGUCCUUCCAGUGGAUCACCAACCUCCGGAACACCUACUCAAACUUCGUCAACUGCUUCCGGAUCGACCACUCCAUCUGGUGGUACAGGUCCUUCCAGUGGAUCACCAACCUCCGGAACACCUACUCAAACUUCGUCAACUGCUUCCGGAUCGACCACUCCAUCUGGUGGUACAGGUCCUUCCAGUGGAUCACCCACCUCCGGAACACCUACUCAAACUUCGUCAACUGCUUCCGGAUCGACCACUCCAUCUGGUGGUACAGGUCCUUCCAGUGGAUCACCCACCUCCGGAACACCUACACAAACUUCGUCAACUGCUUCCGGAUCGACCACUCUAUCUGGUGGUACAGGUCCUUCCAGUGGAUCACCCACCUCCGGAACACCUACACAAACUUCGUCAACUGCUUCCGGAUCGACCACUCCAUCUGGUGGUACAGGUCCUUCCAGUGGAUCAUCCACCUACGGAACACCUACUGAAACUUCGUCAACUGCUUCCGGAUCGACCACUCAAUCUGGUGGUACAGAUCCUUCCAGUGGAUCACCCACCUACGGAACACCUACACAAACUUCGUCAACUGCUUCCGGAUCGACCACUCAAUCUGGUGGUACAGGUCCUUCCAGUGGAUCACCCACCUCCGGAACACCUACACAAACUUCGUCAACUGCUUCCGGAUCGACCACUCAAUCUGGUGGUACAGAUCCUUCCAGUGGAUCACCCACCUACGGAACACCUACUGAAACUUCGUCAACUGCUUCCGGCUCGACCAUUCAAUCUGGUGGUACAGGUCCUUCCAGUGGAUCACCCACCUACGGAACACCUACACAAACUUCGUCAACUGCUUCCGGAUCGACCACUCCAUCUGGUGGUACAGGUCCUUCCAGUGGAUCAUCCACCUACGGAACACCUACUGAAACUUCGUCAACUGCUUCCGGAUCGACCACUCCAUCUGGUGGUACAGGUCCUUCCAAUGCAUCACCCACCUCCGGAACACCUACUCAAACUUCGUCAACUGCUUCCGGCUCGACCACUCAAUCUGGUGGUACAGGUAUUGCUUUUAUCGAACAAUAUUUCUUUUCAGUGGAUGGGUGGAUCAUCCACCUCCGGAACACCUACACAAACUUCGUCAACUGCUUCCGGCUCGACCACUCCAUCUGGUGGUACAGGUCCUUCCAGUGGAUCACCCACCUCCGGAACACCUACACAAACUUCGUCAACUGCUUCCGGCUCGACCACUCCAUCUGGUGGUACAGGUCCUUCCAGUGGAUCACCCACCUACGGAACACCUACUCAAACUUCGUCAACUGCUUCCGGAUCGACCACUCCAUCUGGUGGUACAGGUCCUUCCAAUGCAUCACCCACCUCCGGAACACCUACUCAAACUUCGUCAACUGCUUACGGCUCGACCACUCCAUCUGGUGGUACAGGUCCUUCCAGUGGAUCAUCCACCUACGGAACACCUACUGAAACUUCGUCAACUGCUUCCGGCUCGACCACUCCAUCUGGUGGUACAGGUCCUUCCAGUGGAUCACCCACCUCCGGAACACCUACACAAACUUCGUCAACUGCUUCCGGAUCGACCACUCAAUCUGGUGGUACAGGUCCUUCCAGUGGAUCACCCACCUACGGAACACCUACUGAAACUUCGUCAACUGCUUCCGGAUCGACCACUCAAUCUGGUGGUACAGGUCCUUCCAGUGGAUCACCCACCUACGGAACACCUACUGAAACUUCGUCAACUGCUUCCGGCUCGACCACUCCAUCUGGUGGUACAGGUCCUUCCAGUGGAUCACCCACCUCCGGAACACCUACACAAACUUCGUCAACUGCUUCCGGAUCGACCACUCCAUCUGGUGGUACAGGUCCUUCCAGUGGAUCACCCACCUCCGGAACACCUACACAAACUUCGUCAACUGCUUCCGGAUCGACCACUCCAUCUGGUGGUACAGGUCCUUCCAGUGGAUCACCCACCUACGGAACACCUACUCAAACUUCUUCAACUGCUUCCGAAUCGACAACUCCAUCUGGUGGUACAGGUCCUUCCAGUGGAUCACCCACCUCCGGAACACCUACUCAAACUUCGUCAACUACUUCCGGAUCGACCACGUCAUCUGGUGGUACAGGUCCUUCCAGUGGAUCACCAACCUCCGGAACACCUACUCAAACUUCGUCAACUGCUUCCGGAUCGACCACUCCAUCUGGUGGUACAGGUCCUUCCAGUGGAUCACCAACCUCCGGAACACCUACUCAAACUUCGUCAACUGCUUCCGGAUCGACCACUCCAUCUGGUGGUACAGGUCCCACAACUAGAACAUCACCUGACCAAUCAACAACUGAUACUGGCGCAACUUCUAGUGGACCGACCACUCCAUCUGGUGGUACAGGUCCUUCAAGUGGAUCCCCCACCUCCGGAACACCUACUCCAACUUCUUCAACUGCUUCCGAAUCGACAACUCCAUCUGGUGGUACAGGUCCUUCCAGUGGAUCACCAACCUCCGGAACACCUACUCAAACUUCGUCAACUGCUUCCGGAUCGACCACUCCAUCUGGUGGUACAGGUCCUUCCAGUGGAUCACCAACCUCCGGAACACCUACUCAAACUUCGUCAACUGCUUCCGGAUCGACCACUCCAUCUGGUGGUACAGGUCCCACAACUAGAACAUCACCUGACCAAUCAACAACUGAUACUGGCGCAACUUCUAGUGGACCGACCACUCCAUCUGGUGGUACAGGUCCUUCAAGUGGAUCCCCCACCUCCGGAACACCUACUCCAACUUCUUCAACUGCUUCCGAAUCGACAACUCCAUCUGGUGGUACAGGUCCUUCCAGUGGAUCACCCACCUCCGGAACACCUACUCAAACUUCGUCAACUGCUUCCGGAUCGACCACUCCAUCUGGUGGUACAGGUCCUUCUAGUGGAUCACCCACCUCCGGAACACCUACUGAAACUUCGUCAACUGCUUCAGGCUCGACCACUCCAUCUGGUGGUACAGGUCCUUCCAGUGGAUCACCCACCUCCGGAACACCUACUGAAACUUCGUCAACUGCUUCAGGCUCGACCACUCCAUCUGGUGGUACAGGUCCUUCCAGUGGAUCACCCACCUCCGGAACACCUACUGAAACUUCGUCAACUGCUUCAGGCUCGACCACUCCAUCUGGUGGUACAGGUCCUUCCAGUGCAUCACCGACCUCCGGAACACCUACUCAAACUUCGUCGACUGCUUCCGGAUCGACCACUCCAUCUGGUGGUACAGGUCCUUCCAGUGGAUCACCCACCUCCGGAACACCUACUCAAACAACAUCAACUGCUUCCGAAUCUACCACUCCAUCUGGUGGUACAGGUCCUUCCAGUGGAUCACCCACCUCCGGAACACCUACUCAAACUUCGUCCACUACUUCCGGAUCGACCACUCCAUCUGGUGGGACAGGUCCUUCUAGUGGAUCACCAACCUCCGGAACACCUACUGAAACUUCUUCAACUGGUUCCGAAUCGACAACUCCAUCUGGUGGUACAGGUCCUUCUAGUGCAUCACCUACUCAAACUUCGUCUUCUGAAUCCACUGACUCAUCUGUGACUAGAGGCUCGACAACUGUAUCUACAACUGCUAAUCCUCCUAUCGACCCAUCGACAUGUCCAGGAGAGUGUAAUGAAUGUGGUAAUCAGAAACAAUGUGAGUUGACCGAAGAUGAUAAGCCGUUCUGUGCUAAAAGACUAAUCAUGGAGGACGAUGACGAUGAAGAUGAUCAUCAUGGCGAUGAAGAUAAAAAACCAUGGUGUUUUGAGGAACAUAUGUUUGAAAAUAGAUGCGCAAUGGAAAAUGCAAAUCUCUGUGGUGGAGGGUGGUACCCUUGCUGCUGGGAUGUACCUAUACCUCAUCAUUAACAAUAUUAUUAUAACAUCCAGAAAAAUGUAAUAUUUACAAUAAAUAAUUCUUUUGAAGAUAUUACUUUACAU